AUGGGGGACAUUAAGCUCAAAAAAUCAGAAGGACAGCACAUUCUGAAGAACCAUGGAUUGAUAGAUACAAUAAUAGAAAAGGCUCAUGUAAAGCAUACAGAUACCGUUCUAGAGAUUGGUGCAGGCACAGGGAGUAUCACUUUGAAGCUACUUCAGAAAGCAAAGAAAGUAAUUGCAUACGAGACAGACAAAAAACUGGCAAGAGAGCUUAUACAUAAGGUUAAUAUGGCAGCGGAGUUUAAAAAUAAACUUGAACUGAUUCAAUCAAAUGUUCUUCGUCAAAAUAUUCCUCACUUUGAUCUUUGCAUAUCCAAUAUUCCAUUCAAUAUAAGCUGCCCCAUUAUUCUUAAACUGAUUUCAUAUGACUUUAAAUGUGCCUAUAUAUUGGUUCAAAAGGAGUUUGGAGAUAGACUUACUGCAAGGCCAGGGUCUGAUGAGUACAGUAGACUUUCAGUUAUUGUACAACUGCUUGCCAAUGUCGAGCAUGUUAUGAAGGUUUCAAAAAACAGCUUUAUGCCGCCGCCCAAGGUUGAUACAUGUUUUAUGAAAAUUGAGCCUAAAAUCCCUAGACCGCCCAUAAACAUAAAUGAGUUUGAUGUAUUGUUGAAAGCGUGCUUCGGAAGAAAAAACAAAACACUUUUGGCCAAUUUAAAAACGCCUCUAAUCCAAGGAAAGAUUACGAAAGUACCUGAAUAUUCCAAUCUAAAUCCUGCCAGCAUUAUAGACCAAAUUGUAGAUAGUAUUGGAUUAACAGAUGCACGCACCUCUAAAAUGGGCAUUGAUGAUUUUCUGCUUUUACUUUUAGAAUUUAAAAAAGCCAAUAUACACUUUGAUUAA